UAAAAAAGCUACAUAACUGAAAAGCUCCAGGCCCAGAUCACGUCCAAAAUUAAUGGAUUAGGAAAUUGUGGUCAACACAUCACAACUGACCGACCUUCAAAACGAGGUGCUUAUGAAUCCUCAGAAUUUGCCCAAUUUUUUAACAAAAGUUAUAUAGCGUAUUCCCUUGUGUGUGCGGUUUCGUGUCCGUAGAAUUGUAACAAACUUAAUAAAAAAAAUGUCUUUGGCGACCUUCGAGGCGAACCCGGAUAGCGAAAAUGAGCCCUGGAUAGAGCGGCCAGCGAUUGAAGGUGCUGAAUUCCGGAUAUGGCAUUUGAUGUUUUUUGCUUUGUGCGCUUUUGGAAUGUUUGUGAUACUGAUUUGUUGCUGCAUACGAAUAAGGGUUCCGAGAACCAAACAGGAAAUCGAGGCGGACUUCAAAAGGAAGAAAAUAGCGACAAAGUUUCGGAAAAGGUUGAAAAUCAUCAGCAACCAGGAUAUGGAGUCGGUCGAUCUCAGAAAAGCGCUAGAAAUAAUUAUUGAGGCAGACUAUAAGGAGGAGUUAAAGCAGCAGGAGGAAGACACUCGAGCGUUAAUCCAAACAGAGGAGAAUACAGCAACAAAAAUUAAUUUUGGGGAUAAAAUUGUUCAGAUUGGAAGAAUGGCAGGGAAUGUAGAGUAGAAAAUAAAACACGUUAUUACUAUGAGGCUUUUUAUUAUGUAUUUUUUUUUAAUAUAUAUAAAUUAUGUACAGCUCUUUUCGCCCUAAUAUAUAACAUUUAAUUGACCAAAUACGAUCAAACCUUAUUUUUUACAAUAUUAUUUACAAAUU